AUGGAGCGGGUUAGCGCCGCCGCCGCCGCCGCCGCCGCCGUUGCCGCUAUGGGUGGCCCGGGCAGCGGCGGCAGCAGCGGCAGCGGCGGCAGCGGCAGCGGGAUAAUGGACGCGUCGUUCCUUCGGCCGCGCGGCCGCUCGUCGCUAUCCGUGUCGCACAGACGCGCCACGGAAGGCGACCCGACGCCGGGCGAACUCAGCGAUACUCAGGGUCGGAGGCCGUACCCCACAGGCGACCCUGGCAUGGACGGCUACCGCAGUGCUGGUGACUACGGCAGAAGAUCUAUGCUCAGCGAUAGCGAGUACACGCGCCGGCCCACAAUGCUGAGGGAGAGGGGAGACGUGUACCGCAGCUCACGACAGACGGGGCCGUCUCUCUCCUCCCUCACGGGCUCGUCUCUAGAUCCAGUAGACUCUGCCUUUUCUCAAGCCGCAGCUUACACCUCUCGCUUCCAGCAGCAACACCAGCAGCAGCAGCAGCAGGUGCCGCCGUCACAGCAGCAGCAGCAGCAGUACCAGCAGCAGCCGCCUUCUCUGCUGGACGGAGGGAAUACAACACUGGGAGGCACGGGCGUGGCAGCCGCAACCAGAUCUGUGGAGCGCUACAUGUCGUACCUCUCGGGCCGCUCCUCUAGACGGCCCAACCUGGCAGCCAACCCCAACCCUCUCCUCAUCCCCGCCGCCUCCUCAGGGGCAUUCGCUGGUUCCAAUAUAAGUCCCACGAGUGAGCCCGAGGCCAAUGCGUUCCGCAGGCACCGCAGCCGGCGACGAGCCAUACAGGAGGACCGCAUGGCCCUGGGGGGCAGCAGCAGGAUGCACAUGCUGCACACGCGGUCAGGCGCCCUGCAAGGCACGGCAUCCCCAGGGGAGGGCGGCAGCGGCGGGAGCAUAGUGGGCAUGGGCAUGGGGCACGGGGCGAGUGGGGCCGUCAGUGAGAACGAGGGCGCCAUGAUGAUGAUGGGCGGAGGAGGAGGGGGCGGUGGUGGGCGCAUGGCGGGGUAUGGCCUUGGCCUUGGGCAUGGCGGGGCGUACCGCAUGGCUCGAACUCCCUCCUCCAACUCCAUUGAUGGCGGGACGGACUCUGGGCCUGAGGGCGUUGGGGGCAUGGGCGUGCAUGCAGGAGGCAUGUCAUCAGGAGGGCACAUGAGCAUGGGCAUGGGCAUGGGCAUGGGCAUGGGCAUGAGUAUGGGCAUGGGUGGGUUGGAGGAUGGGUAUGUGUCAUCGCCAGCAGGAGGCAUCACGAGUCCCAUGGCAGCAGCUGCUGCAGCGGCUGUUGCUGCCUCGUUCUUUCUACUCCAUCCCCUCGUUCCUUCAUACCCCUCCUUUCCUCCUCUCUCAUGCGAGCCAUACCCUACCCUCUCCUUCCAACCCCAACCCCAACCCUGCCCCACCGCUGCCCACCGCAGCAGCAGUCCGGAGCACCCGUUCAUAUCAGCGAGGGCCAAGGCGUCACUGGGCCUCAUGAACCGCAGGGCAGCCGACUCUGCCAUCGCCUUCAGGCGGAGUGGAGCAGGGUCAGAGGAUGCUGAUACUCCCCAGGGCUCCCUCAGCUCCAUCAACUCAGAGGGGCACCUGUCGUCUGCGCCAGGCUCGAGCACCACGUUCAAGCCCACCCCUCCUCCGCGGCGCAACAUGGGCGAGCCAUCAGCCCCCCGCGGUCGUCGGCGCGCCACACUGGAAGUCAGUGACGAGGUGGCCAAGAAGGUGCGUGAGUACAACGAGCUAAUCCGGAGGGACAGGAGGGCGUUGAGGGUGGAGCCCCCAGCACCACCCGAUGCAGCAGCGCCAGGGGAUGGAUCAGACCCCUCUGUGCUACCAUCCCCCCUUCCGCUCGUGCUGCCCGCUGCUGCUGCUGCCGCUGCUGCCUCUGCCAUGCGGGUGUGCCCCAUGUGUCACCAGCCGUUGCCUCGAGGCUCUUCAUUAGCCACCACCCCGGCCACUCCCGCCCCGACUGCCGCUCUCGGGCCUGACCCAUUUGCCCUCACGCCCAGCUCUGCUGCUGCCGCUGCUGCUGCUGCCGCCGCCCCAGAUGCACCCAGCCUGGGUGCCUCUGGUGGGUUCAGGGAUUCUUUGGAGCAACGGACUGUUGCUACUGCUGCGGGGGGAGCAGCAGCAGCGGCAGGGGCGGGACAAGCAGCGGCGGCAGCGGCAGGACUAUCAGGAGGAGUAGGAGGAGGAGGAGGAGAAGGGGUUGCAGGGCUAGAAGGGUUUGGAGGGCGUGGUGAAGGGGCGGGAGAGCAGAUGACAGCAGCAGGAGCAGAUGGGGUGGGGCAGGCGGAGAGAAGGGAGGGGGAUGAAGCAGGAGCGAGUGAUCAAACAGGUGGUGAGGGAGUGGAGGGGUUGGGGAGGAGUGCGGUGCUUGAGAGAGUGAGGGAGACGGGGAGUGGUGCAGUGUUGAAUAGCCUUGAGAGAUUGGUGGAAGAGGAGGGUGAGACAACGCGUGAGGAUGGGGGAUCAGGGGCAGGGGAGAGGCAGGGCGAGGGAAGCAGCAGUGCGAGGAGGGGCAUGGAUGGGGGGCAAGGGGAGAAGGGUGAUGGACAUGGGCGUAUGGGGACAGUCGGGGGAGAAAGAGAGUCUAUACAAGGUAGUGAAGGGCGAGAAGGUGGGGGUGGGGGAGCUAGUGAGGGAGAGGGACGAAGAGGAGGAGGUGGAGCAGAGGGAGGUGCAGAGAGCGAAGCAGAGAGAGGAAUGACAGAGGAUGCAGGGGGCAGAAGGCAUGACAGAGGGCCGGAUGGGCGUGAGGGAAGAGAAGCGGGUGCGGUGGAGGCGAGAGGGAGAGAAAAGGUUGAUACAAGGGAAGGGAAGCGUGAGAGCGGUGGGGGCGAGGACAGGGAAGGAGGCAAGGGUGACGUUUCUAAGAGCGCAGAUGAUGGGGAUGAAGGGGAUGUGGCUAGCAGAGGAGAUGAGAGUUCAAAGGAAGCUAUUCAACAACAAGUGCCGGCUCCCCCAGCACUGUCGCUGCAGCAGGAACAGAAGCAGCUGGAGCAGAAGGAGGAGAAGGAGCAGCAGCAGCAGCAGCAGCAGCAGCAGCAGCAGCAACAACAACAACAACAACAACAACAGCCGCAGCCGCCACAGCAGCCGCGGAUACAGCAGCUGCUGGUUCGGCAGCAGACAGACUCUGCAGAAACCACCCCCUUGUCCUCCCCGCCCAAAGCACACUCCACCAACCCCCACACACCCACCACUGGCCUCUCACCGCAACCCCCUUCCUCCCUCGCCAUCUCCUCUCACCACCCCUCCUCCUCCUCUCUCUCCCCCCACCCUCCUCCCUCUGGCAACCCCCUGGUCUCGCAACAUGGUGCAGCCCCCUUAUUGGGAUCAGCUAGUCACGUGGGGGGGACAGUGGUGGGGGGAGUGAGGGUUGGGGCAGGAGCAGGGUCAGGGUGGGUGGGGCCGGGGGCAGCGGCGGGUGCGGUGCAGCAGCUGUCGUUGCUGCCGCAGCAGGAGUGGACCAUUGAGUUCUCGGAGCUCAGGCUGGGGAUUCGCGUGGGCGUUGGGUCGUUCGGGGAGGUGUUCAGAGCGGUGUGGCGCGGCACAGAGGUGGCGGUGAAGAUGCUGUGGGAGCAGGACGCCAAGCCCGAGGACACGGAGGACUUUUACAACGAAAUUGCUCUGCUCAGCCGCCUGCGCCACCCCAACGUGAUUCUGUUCAUGGGGGCGUGCACGGUGCCCCCGCACCUCUCCAUGGUGACAGAGUACAUGCACAUGGGGUCGCUCUACCGCAUCAUCCACUCGCGCGAGCCCGGCCAGGGCGGCGAGUCCCUCAGCUGGAAGCGCCGCUACAAGAUGCUCAGGGAUAUCUGCAGGGGCAUGCUGUGUCUGCAGCGCAUGAGCAUCAUUCACCGCGACUUGAAAUCAGCCAACUGUUUGGUGGACCGGCACUGGUGUGUGAAGGUGUGCGACUUUGGGCUGUCGCGCAUCGCCACCAACGGCCACGUGGUGGGCCGCACCGCUGCCGGCACGCCCGAGUGGAUGGCGCCGGAGCUGCUGCGCAACGAGCGGUGCUCCUUCAAGUGCGAUGUGUUCAGCUUGGGAGUGAUCAUGUGGGAGCUUGCUACACUGCGCCGCCCCUGGGAGGACUGCAACGGGCCGCUGGAGGUGGCAUAUGCUGUUGCGCAUCACAACUCGCGCCUCCCUGUCCCCAGUACCAGCCUAGGCCGCCUCAUCUCAGAUUGCUGGAAGGAAGACCCUGACCAGAGGCCUGAUUAUGAGGAGAUUCUGGAGAGGUUGCACGAGUGCGAAUACAUGGACUCGUAA